AUGGCCCAUCUCGCCAAACCGUCCUCACGCAAACAACAAGGUUCAAGACCCGCUGCACCUCCCUCCUCUUCGCUUGCACCAGCACCGCGCCCUCCUUACACUGGUCUCCGCACAAAGGGGAGUCCUAAUGAGGUCCCGAUGCACUCAUACUUUGCCGGCAAGACAUUCUCUCCAGACCACAACCAGAGGCUAUCCCCCGAAACAACAAGGAGGUCAAGCGCUUUCUAUUACAGGCCCGACAGCAAGAACGGGCUGUCUGAUAGCAAUGCCAAUCUCAAUCGCUGGUCGCAGUCGACCACGUCGAGCAAAGGGUCGUCUGCUCAAUACAAGAGAAAAAGUAGCCUUUCAAAACGAUUAUCAGGAUCCCUCGGAUCCUUUGGCAAUUUCGGCAAUCCUCAGAUAACACCGCCAAGCUCAAAAUCGCCCAAACGACCCAGAUCUCCACCGAUAGCUUUCUCAUCCUCAACAAAUCUUGUUUCACCUCCUACUGAAGACCCGCCUCCUAUUCUCCCUCCCAUUGUCACGUUGUCCUCGUUAUCAAAGGCUGUUGAUGACGCCGAAUCACCAUCAACCAUCCCAGCUCACACGCCUGCCACAGCCGAACUAUUGUCGCCUUCGAAUGAGCAAGAUUACUUUGGAGACCAAUGGUCAAGCACUUCACCAGGGAAGCUCAACCUGAAGAAGUCAAGUAAACCAAGCCCAGUCUCUCCUUUGAGCCCGAACCUAUCACAGAACAGAAUCCCGGAAUCUGUCUAUUCUCCACGCGCAUCAACGUUUAUUAAACAUUCGGAGCGCCGUCACAGCUCGCAACGAAGGCAUCGAGCCAAUUCUUCAAAGAGCACGGGAACAACGGAGGGAGAAAGCUCGGCCUCAGAUCGUCGAGACAGUACUCAGAGACGAAGAAAGCGAAGGCCGCCAUCUCAAAAAGCCCUACUCUCAAAAGCUCUAGCUAAAGCCAAUCAUGCCGUUGUGCUUGAUGGUAAACAAAAUGUGGAAGGUGCCGUGCUUGCAUACGGCGAUGCUUGUAAUUUACUCCGCCAGGUAAUGGUGAGGAGUUCAGGGGAGGACGAUAGACGGAAAUUAGAAGCAGUGCGCAAUACCUAUAAAAGCCGCAUUGUGGAACUCAAGACAAAUGAUCCAUUCUAUGCGUCGUCAGACAACAAGGCACUACCUGCGCGACCUGCGGAGAGAGAUUCAGGACAAACUGAGCUCACCAUUGUGACGGACGAAGAUGAAGAUACGGCAGGAGAAAAUUCGAAAGCGAUCCAGAGUUCAGGUACUGGGUCAGUUCCAUAUAAUCAAUCGGCGACAUCGCGACCAUAUAUUCCUCCGCGAAGGCAGUCCCUACAUUCUUCAACGUAUAGAGUGGAGGGUAGAGAUCUUGGGGCAACCCCUUACGAUAGAAAGGAUGAGGCGCCUUAUGAUUAUGAUUCAGCCUUUCGCCAUCAGGUACCCAUGCAUCAAGAAUAUAUGCCUCCUCCUUUGACGACUCGCCGUCAACCCUCACCAGUCAGAUUUGCUGAAGAUGCCAAGUUGGAUGAUGAGCCUGAGUCGGUACGAGAAGGCGACGAUGGGCACACCUCUUGGCUGAACACUAUCAACGAGUCGAGUGGAUCGUCAGCUUCAUCGGUCCAUUCUCGAAGAUCAUCGAUCGGACUUCGACGCAAACGGAUACGCGCUGCCAGCGGUGCCACUGAGACGGAUUUUAACGCUGCACUAGAUGCAGCUAUUGAAACCGCCUAUGACGAUGGUUUCGAACCGGAUGACGAGGCUGAUGAUGAUGGUGACGGCCUUAACGAUGAUCAGUAUCCGAUCGAUCAGCCAGAUCCGCUGUCGACGAUUAGAAGGAAUAUAGAGGUAGCCAAGGAAAAUGUACGGGAAGCGGAGAGGGAAGCUGCAGUAGCGCAAGCACAAGGAAAAGAGAAAGGGCGUUUGCAAAACCUUACGGUCCAAAGGGAUAGCAUAGACGAUGAUUUUGGAGAUUACGAAGGUGAUGAAGAAGAAAGGUUGCUCGAGGAGAUGACGCGAGGUUUCGUCCUGGGUGAUGCGGAGUUCGACGAACAAACAAAGUCUGCACUACCUCGACAAUCUGACUCCAGUGGGUUUUCUGGCCGAACGAUGGGCAGCUCGUUUGGCUCCAACCCUACUACCGCCGGCACUUCUCUGUCGACUGUGGCUGAAGCGUCCGCGCUGCCUUCUCUAGCCUCAAAACUCCAGACCAAUUCACUACCUCCGCUGAUGCACCCACCACCGUCAGGAGCACUUCCACCACCUCCUGCACCUACCGAUCGGAGCUCUGCACCAUCUGACAGCACUCCAAGAAUCUUGGCUGCAAGGAACGCGAGUCCAGGCGUUCGAGAACGUCGCCUCUCCGGGUUGAAACUGAAACAGCUGAAGAUUGAGACCAAUACUAAAGCUUUUGCCCCUGUUCCUGACGCACCAAAGACGCAACCACCUCCAGUCCCGGCGCCAAUAGUUUUUUCAAAUUCAAUCCCUGAACCUCCACAACCUGCUUUCAUUGCCGAAGAUACGCAACAGAUUUUCAGCAGUCCUAUGAUACAGGAGCCCUCUCCAACAUCUGCUACUCUGCCUCCGAGUCGCAACGGCUCUUUCCCAUUCGUGGGCUCUGAUGCUGGUGAUCAAGGUUCUACAACCACAGGUCGUCUAACAAAAGUGACUUCUGCAGACAGUGAUACUCUAGCAACCUCGUUGCCAAGCUCCCCAGCACGUUUAACAUCCAAAGGAGCUACAGGGUUGCGAAAGAAUUUCUCUUCCUCCAGUCUGAGAAGCAAAGCGCUCAGCAUCAACGAUGAUACCUCUCCAAAUACAUCUGUAAGCAGCAUUUCAUCUACGCCGAAAAGUCGACCGGCCGCUUCUCCCGCUGUGCCAGUCCUACCGACUCCUUUGGAGUCAAGCUUCCUACCGAAAGCGCAGCCUAUGGGUGGGAUACACCUUUUCGACUGCGAAAUACAUUCACCGAGAAGUCCUGGCUCCCCCAACCCUUUAGCCAACAAUCCGCCGCUCCCGCUUGAGCCAUGCCCAGAGUCUCCGUUACUUCGUCCAUUUUGGUUCCUUCGAACAAUCUACCAGACUAUCGUCCACCCUCGAGGAGGCUACAUCACAAAUCGGCUCUUCGUGCCUCGAGACAUAUGGCGGGUGAAAAACUUAAAGCUCAAGAAUGUUGAAGAAAAGGUCUCGACGUGCGAUUUGUUGACAGCUGCUCUCCUUAAGCUAGGCAAAGUCGACACAUACAACGCAGAUGCCGUGCUUGAAGAGAUGCAAUUUCUAGAAAAUGUCAUGGAGCGAGCUCAAACGAAUCUUGCAAAGAAGUUAGGUAAUGAGGUGGGCUUACAGGGAAGUCUCCAGGCCUUCAGAGGCGUCAACCUUGCGGAAGAAAGUACCUCGAAUUCAGAAGCCCUCAAUCCUACGAGUGCGAGCAGCAACAAAUCAUACCUAAAAUCAUGGCGGAAAUUGCGCUCCAAAAAUUCGGUCGGACCGAGCACGGUGAUGGCGAGUGGUGUGAACAGCUCCAAGACUGACUUGAGGGACGCGCCUGCGAUGCAAUCUCUGCCCAUCAGCAGCUCACAGAAUCCAAGAUUUCCAAAACGUGAUAUCAGCCAGGUCCAGUGCAUGGGGCCCAAUCCGAGCUAUAUGGGCGCCCUCGCUAGAUUGUGUGACGCCGUGCAGAUCCUGGAUCAAGUCGCUCGCCAAGCAGAAGAUCCAGGCCUUAAACAUUCAUCACCGACGCACGUGGGACUUGAGCUUUGCAUCCGUCACGCGGCAGAGUUCUUCGGGUUUUACAUCUGCCGCUUUGUGCUGGCUGAUAUUAGCCUGAUGCUGGACAAAUUCAUCAAGAGGAGUAGCGAGUGGGUUUUGACAUAA